AGCCCUGGUGUCGGGACCGGCCCCCCCCCCCCAUUCCAGAGCAGUCACGGAGACACCCAGCAGUGGCUGCUCUUUCUGUCCAGGACCCCCGAAGUGCUCCCUGCCUGGGGUCCCCCGAGGCCACACCAUGAAUGACCGAAACAGCCGGAGGUCAAUGAAGAAGGACUAUGAGGCCUUGGAGAUCUCCAUUCCGUUCGAUGAGACACCCCACCUAGACCCACAGAUCUUUUACAGCCUGAGCCCUUCUCGGGGAAACUUCGAGGAGCCCCAGGAGCCCACGUCCCCCACAGUGGCGCUGAUGAAUGGGGUGCGUGCGCAGCUGCACAUGGCCCUGGAGAGGAACUCCUGGUUGCAGAAGCGCAUCGAGGACCUGGAGGAGGAGCGGGACUUCCUGCGCUGCCAGCUGGACAAGUUCAUCUCCUCUGCCCGCAUGGAUACAGAGGACCACUGCAGGGUGAAACCGGGCCCUCGGCGGACCGAGGGGGACAACCGCGGUGGAGCUGUGGCUGAGGCCUCGGACCCUGAGUCCGCUGCCUCCUCGCUCAGCGGUGCAUCAGAGGAUGCAGGCACUGGUGACAGGAAACGGCUCAAGCAGAAGAGCAGCGCAGGGCGCCGGCGGUUUGGGAAGCCCAAGGCCAGGGAGAGGCAGCGGGUGAAGGACGCUGAUGGAGUCCUCUGUCGCUAUAAGAAGAUCCUGGGCACCUUCCAGAAGCUAAAGAGCAUGUCUCGGGCCUUCGAGCACCACCGGGUAGACCGCAACACGGUGGCGCUCACCACGCCCAUCGCUGAGCUGCUCAUUGUGGCCCCAGAGAAGCUGGCGGAGGUGGGUGAGUUCGACCCCUCCAAGGAGCGCCUGCUCGAGUACUCGCGCCGCUGCUUCCUGGCGCUGGAUGACGAGACACUCAAGAAGGUGCAGGCCCUCAAGAAGAGCAAGCUGCUGCUGCCCAUCACCUAUCGCUUCAAGCGGUGAUCUCCCGGCGGCCCUGCCAGCCCCCGCCUCAGCCCAGGGGCCCUUUCUGCCCUCCCCAGACACUGCCCCCUCGCACGUCCCCACGCACAUUGCGGACUCUCCAGGGCUGGGGCGCGUCUCAUGAUGUGCUCAGCCCGUGGGGCGGCUGGCCGGCCCCAUCUGCAGCUCCCCUCCCGCAUUUUGGGGCCACCUCCGAGUUUCCAUGAGAGAGUUAUUCAGAGUUUAAAUUAAAGAGAGACGAUAAAAUUUG